CCUGGGAUGUUCAGAAGAACCCGGUCUCCAUUCUCUUGUAGUCCAGUGUGAACACAACAAGGAUACUCGGCCUUUGAAAUUGGAGUACAAAGGUUGGGCCUUUUUCAAUGUCUGUCUAGCGGAGCGGAGCAUAGAUAACCGUCAAAAUGCCACCCAAGAUUCUGCUUUUGCUUCUUGCCCUCUCCAUUUCAGUACACCCAAAUGCAAGUUUCGAACCACCAAAUCAGAAACACCAAAGUUCAGGCAAGACCCUUUUUCCCAAAUUGCUUCCGGCUGAUAGAGCUUCAGAAGGAGGGAGCAUAAAGGUUCAAUCUUUGCAGGGGCCCAGAGUUGUUCUGAGAGGAAAUGAUCAAAUUUGGAGUGCUGAAAAGACCUUUGCGUUGGGAUUUUUCGGUGUUAAUGGUGGACACAAAUGGUAUUUAGGCAUUUGGUAUGCUUCAAUUCCCACGCCUAACUAUGUCUGGGUUGCAAAUAGGGAUACCCCCAUCAAGAAUCUUUCACGGGCCAGUCUUGAAAUUACCCAAAAUGGAAAGCUAGCUGUGAUAGACAAUGGUGAUUCAAGAACCCUUGUUUGGGAAACUAAUAAUCAGGGGAAAGGAAGUGAAGUUAAGCUCUUGGAGCAAGGAAAUUUGGUGUUUUUGGAUGGUGAAGGGAAGGUGGUUUGGCAAAGCUUCGAUUCCCCAACUGACACUUUGCUCCCAGGCAUGAAUUUGACUGCUCAGAGGUGGUUAAGUUGUUGGAAGAGCUCUAUAGACCCAUCGCCAGGUAUGUUCUCUCUCAGGCUCCUCCCACCUGACUACUCUGAGCUUGCUCUUGUUUAUAAUCAUACUUAUACUUAUUGGUCUUCUGGUAAUUGGACUGGAAAUGCAUUUAGUGGAGUGCCUGAGAUGACCAUUCAUUAUAUCUACAAAUUUUAUUUUGCCCAACCCUUUACUCCAAUGGCAUCUUUUGGGUAUUCUGAGGUAUCAUUGGAGCCUGGCGCCCAACCGCCUUUAACCCGCUUUCGUGUGGACUCCGCUGGCCAGCUUUGGCAGUACACUUGGGCUUCACAGACUCAGAAUUGGAACUCAUUCUGGUCACGGCCAGAUAAUCAGUGCAGGGUUUAUGGCCUCUGUGGAAACUUGGGGUUUUGCAAUACUAGGCCUUUUUCGAGUCCUUGUCAGUGUUUGGUGGGGUUUAGACCAGGGGAUAAUGUUUCGUGGAAUGCAGGGGAUUUUUCCCAUGGUUGUCGUCCCGAGAACAACUAUCGUUGUGGUGAAAAUGAAGGGUUUAAGGAUGUUGGAAUGCUAAGCUAUGACGGAGCAAAGACAGUGUCAUUUAUGGGAAGUAGGAGUAUGUGUGAAAAGAAAUGUUUGGUUAAUUGCUCUUGUAUCGGCUUCCAUCACAAUGGAAGGACCAAUUUGUGUAGAAAUUUGUACGGUUCACUGCUGAAUCUCAGAAACAUUACUUCCAAUAGCAUCACGGGGGAUAGGCUGUAUUUAAGAGCGAAUGGAGAAGGCAUUAGCAAGAACCAUAGGAAAAAGAAGUUAGUAGUGAUUGGAGCGAGUUGUGCGAUUUUAAUCUUCUUGCUAGGAGGCUUGCUUUUUCUGUUCUUAUGGAGGAGAAAGGGUAGGAGGACAGAAGAAGAAGAAGAGGAAGCUGUAUUUCCAGUGAUGAAUUUGAAGGUUUUUUCAUAUAAAGAGCUUCAUACUGCAACAAAGGGAUUCUCUGAGAAGCUCGGGCAUGGUGGAUAUGGUUCUGUGUUUCGAGGGGAGCUAUCAGAUUCUUCAGUUGUGGCUGUGAAGAGACUAGAUAGGCCUGGCGGGGGUGAAAAUGAGUUUCGAGCAGAGGUGUGCACUAUUGGAUACAUUCAGCAUGUGAAUCUGGUUCGCUUGAGGGGAUUUUGCUCUGAAAAUUCUCACAGGCUUCUGGUUUAUGAUUACAUGCCAAAUGGUUCUCUUAGUGUGUAUUUAAGGAAAGACAGCCAGAAUCUAAGUUGGGAUGCCAGGUUUCGAGUUGCUGUUGGAGUGGCUAGAGGAAUUGCUUAUUUGCACGAGGGGUGUCAGAAUUGUAUUCUACAUUGUGACAUUAAGCCUGAGAACAUUCUUCUGGAUGAAGAUUUAUCAGCAAAGGUUUCGGAUUUUGGGCUAGCAAAGCUCCUUGGUAGGGACUUCAGUAGAGUGUUGGCCACCAUGAGGGGUACAUGGGGAUAUGUUGCACCAGAGUGGAUCUCGGGUUUGGCAAUCACCACGAAAGCGGAUGUGUACAGUUAUGGAAUGACACUAUUUGAAUUAAUUGGUGGGAGGCGCAAUGUCCAGGGGGCGCCAUCCAUAGACAGAGGAGAUGGAGAGGGCAGAGGAGCGGAGGAGAAAUGGUUCUUUCCACCAUGGGCUGCACGCAAGAUACUCGAGGGAAACAUCUCAGCAGUGAUUGACGAGAGGCUUCAAGGCACGUAUGACGUGGGGGAGGCUGAGCGUGUGGGGCUGGUGGCGGUGUGGUGCAUUCAGGACGAGGAAUCAAUGAGGCCCGCCAUGGGAGUGGUGGUGAAAAUGCUGGAAGGAGUGGUGGAGAUAGGCGUGCCACCGCCGCCAAGGCGGCUUCAAGCAUUGGUGCAGGGUGAUGGAAUUGAGUCUGGGGGGGGCAUGGAGAUGCUUUCAAUAGAUUCCAGGGAUUCCUUUUCUUUUCCAUGACUAGUUCAGUUGGUACUUGGUAUGAAAGAAGAAGCAUGGCUUGAGGUUCUCUUUUCUAACUACCUGCCAUAUACUAGUAUGAUGUAAAUGUUUCUAUCAUUUCUUGAAAACCAAUGGAAGAUAUCAUUUUGAAGCCUAAAGUAUUUAGUAAUUCCAUUUUACAUUUCUGCAA